UUUCCAAAGGAAUGUUCAUUCAUAACUGUUUUGACACCAGUGAAAAAGAACAAGAACUCAGGUUCCCAUGGCGAUAUCAUUCUCACACCUGUACGACGCUCUUUACGUAACACGCCUAUCCACCAAUCAGCAUCUCGUGCCACUCCUAAGGUGAUUUCUACUCCUAAAGCCUCUAGCACCAGUAGUCCUGGAUUGCGGUUGACGCCCGAAGUUGUGUCUUCCGCUACCAAAGAUGUCAGCAUAGAAGACAUUGAGAUGAAAGAAGAAAAGAAACCAGAAGAAAUGAGAAAAGACAAAUCACCAGAAACAAAAGUGGAAAUUAAAAUGGAUSARAAWACUACAGAGGAGAGUCACUUGCUAGAGGAUAGCAGUGAUGGUAAUGUCAGCGAAAGAACCUCGGAGACCACAGAUGAAGAUAUGAAAGAUGAAAAAGCCUCGCUGCCAUCCAAGCGUCGUAGUUGCCUGCGUUCAUCCACCAAACGAACUCGUAAGUCAUCUCGCGUGUUUUUCCAGUCACCAGAACCAAGUGCGCACUCUACCGCUGGGGGGACCCCAGGGGCUAUUGUCUUCACUCCAGGCAUGCAAAAGAACAAGCUGCCAACAAACGUUGUAUUCACGCCUGUUGCUGUUUCUUUUGACUCACCUGAUGAGCAAGGCGAUACUUGUUCUAUUGAUGCCGGGCACACACCAGCGUUGGUACUGUCGGGGUCAAGGUCGCUGAGAAGUCGUAAAGGGACGCCAUGUCGUAAACGACAUUUGGGAACGCCUAAUGGCAGCAUGAACACCCCUGUUAGUAAAGAUGAAGGAUCUGUGGCUAAAAGAAGAUCGCUUAGGAGGCGUUCUGGCAGACAAAGCUCAAGUGAAGAGGAAACAUUUUUACCAGAUAAAUACAUCCUUCCCUCUACCUCCUCUGAGUCAGACGAAGAAGAGAAUUCCACGUCACCUUCUCUCAAGAAACCAGAGUCGUCUGGUUGUGAUCAACCUCUUCUGUCAUUUACUCCUCUCAAGGAUUCCUCAGACCUGUUGAACAAGUCAAACCUCACACCAGCGUCGAGGCUCCAGGCACUCUGCCUUGACGACUCCCCAGAUAAUAGAAGGGACUCUGUGUUUUUCGCGCCUGGUGGRCAUCAGCAAGAAGAAAAGACAGAGAGGGAUAAUCUUAUAUGUUUUUCACCUUUGGCCGAGUGAGGUUUUGUGAAUUAUGUCAGGCCUCUUUUAUAACGACAAAAUUGUCGAAUGGGUGGAUGAAUUGUGAAAAUGUACAUAGCAUAAUCGUUUUAGAUAAAUGGGAAACUUUAUAAUUAAAUAUAUUAUAUGAUACAGGCACUUGCAGAAAUUCUGAACGCAAACAUAUCGUGUGCAUGAAGGGUAAUUCCUUGUGGUUUUCGCUCCUUUCUCCCUUAAUAAGGUUGCAGAUUAACCGCAUAUAGCGUUUUUCACAAGCUUUGAAUAAGAUCUGUUGACUUAUUGUUGCAUACAGGUUGUAUCGAUAUAUAUAUGUUAGCUGUCAGAAUUUUCUUAAAAUAGUAAAUGUAAGGAGAGUGUUAAUUUGAUUUUGUAACAUUUGCAAAUUUUUAUUUUAACAUAAAAUAUUACAUUAAGACA